AGAACUAGGUAGCCAUUUUUAUUUUAUUAGCGUAUACCUAGGUCUUUUUUUCCUCCCCCGGAAAUUUUAAAUGAGACGAUUAUAAAGAUCUUAAAGAGACAUAAGACAUGUCAAUGGCAAGUCUAUGCUCGGCGUCUGCCCGAGGGCACACACCGGCUCUAAGUCUCCAGUUAUCGCCAUGCAUGCUUCGACAAACGUAUACAGCCGUGUCAGGACGGUCGACCAAACAUUUUGCAACGACGUCUAGGGCAUGUUUUCAUCAUGCGUCGCAAAGAUACCAAAAUAGCCAACGUUUUGGGUCUAGACUACGAAGUGCUCUGAAAGACACGAAGGUCAAGUGGUAUCCUAUACCUGUUGGCUUAGGAAUUGGAUUUCUCGGUCUUGUGCAGUUCUAUAAGACCCAGGCCCGCGAGAAGGAGAGACUAGAAAAGGAAGCUUCCGAAAGCAACGAGCCUGGUGUUCGCCCUAAGAAGCGAGCGCGAGUGCGACCAGACGGCCCAUGGCAAGUACAGGUAAUGUCAACUCUGCCUUUAAAGGCAAUGUCGAGGUUAUGGGGCAAGUUCAACGAGAUCCCUAUCCCUUACUAUCUACGAAUACCUGGCUUCAAACUAUAUGCCUUCAUAUUCGGCGUCAACUUGGAUGAAGUAUCCGAGCCAGACCUCCGCGCAUAUCCUAAUCUCUCGGCUUUCUUUUACCGAACGCUAAAACCUGGUGUUCGGCCCCUGGACCCGAAUCCUAACGCGUUGCUAUCACCUUCCGAUGGACGUGUGCUGCAGUUUGGAAAGAUUGAGGGCAACGACAUCGAGCAGGUCAAAGGCAUGACAUAUACAGUUGAUGCGCUACUGGGUAAGAACACGCCUACGUCUAGCUUGUCCGGUAAAGAGAACGAUGUGCCCGAUCAAUCUUCUACGCCAACGCGCCGCGGCGAAGAAGUUAUCUCGUCGGACGAGGAAUUCGCGCGGGUAAACGGAAUAUCGUACACUCUACCUAAUCUUCUAUCCGGGUCGGACAAGACCCACGAGACGCCCAGCAAGAAGCUAGGCGACCAAGCCGCCAUCCCGUCUAGCCCUGGUGCUGUUUCUGAGGUACGAGCGGACUUGGCCCUUGGAGAAAAGCCUUGGUAUGCGCUCCUAUCUCCGGAUAACAGGACAGCUCUCUACUAUGCAGUCAUAUACUUAGCUCCGGGCGACUACCAUCGAUUCCACUCACCAGCGAACUGGGUGGUAGAGCGACGGCGGCAUUUUGCGGGUGAGCUAUACUCCGUAUCGCCGUACCUGCAACGCACCUUACCCGGCUUAUUCACGCUAAAUGAGCGCGUGGUGCUCCUCGGGCGUUGGCGAUGGGGCUUCUUCAGCUUUGUGCCCGUAGGCGCAACAAACGUCGGUUCCAUCACCAUCAACUUCGAUCGCGAACUACGAACUAACUCACUCCUAACCGACACGGCGGCCGACCGCGCCGCCGAAGAAGCUGCCGCUCGUGGCGAGCCCUACGUCGGCUUUUCCGAGGCCUCGUAUGCGGCGGCUAGUAAAGUCUUGGGUGGCUAUGCUCUACGCCGCGGUGACGAGAUAGGCGGCUUCAAGCUCGGCAGCACCAUCGUGCUCGUCUUCGAAGCCCCAGUUGCCGAGAACCCCGGUGCAAAGCGAGGGUUCACCUGGGCUGUGGAGAAGGGACAGAAGGUCAAAAUGGGCCAGGCGUUGGGGUAUAUUGAAGAGUAGAGUUUUUGUAUAAGGAGCGCUGUGGAUGGAUGGAUGAAUGAUGUAUAUAUGUUGGUUAUGCAUGUAUCUGCACCAAACUAGCCAGCUGCUAAUCUAGCCGCUGUGGUAUGUAUAUCUCCACGAUAAUACAAAUGAGUAAAAUGAAGUCCAGAUACAGGCUACAGGAGUAGAAGAGAGAGGUGAUAUGUUACUUGCAUUUAUGAAUAGCAGGCCGAUGUCAGAUCGGGAAUUUACCUCUUUA